UGCAGUUCACCGUGCAUUCUUUCCCUCUUCUGGGCAACUCACCUGGCAAAGGGUAAAACUGGGAGCAUAAAAAAAUAAUUGUGACACGCCAGGUUUUUCUUAGGCCAGAGAUCAUUACCAGUCUUAUCCCCAUUAUCCAUCAUGCAUAGGGAAUGGCGAUCAGAGGAGACCAGGCAUCCUGCCCGAUUUGAAUGUCUAGACUCUGAAGGAAAGGUUCCGUUUACUGCUGCCUCAGGUUAGAACCAGACCUCACCUCAGAGACAGUUCCCGGGGACAGAGUUCUGAAGUCACCACCAGAGAGGUGACAGGAGUCCCAUGGUAACACGCAAGGCGCCACAUAUAUUUAGGCGCAGUCUUACUUAAGCCACAGCUCCACAAUAACCAGCCUAUCAGAAUGUAUUACAGGCGACCCACAAAGUCCCUCGGCGCUCUGUGCCCGCCCAGUCCCAGGGCUCCAGCUCGCACGGGCCGCCCCUGAGGCCCUUCCAGUCGUCCGAGGUCGGAACCUGUCGCACCUAGCAGCAACCAUACCGUACAAAGCUAGACUCGAGGGGACCCGCCAGGCAAGCAGAAACGCCCGAAUUCCUGCGAGAGGCGUGUCAGGCCGCGAGGCUUUCUGGGAGAUUUAGUCCACAAAGGUACAGCCACCAAGUGCCCCCGGCGCCUCCUCUGGCUGCUCCCGCAGCUGUUCAAGUCCAGCGCAGCCUCGCUGCCAGCGUCACCGUAGCGGGGCGCUAAAGGGCUCGGCCACGCGGGCGGCCCCGGCCAGCUCUCGGGUCCCUUACACAGGAAACGCAGCCAGAGGGUUGACCGGAAGUGGGAUCGGGCCGCGAGGCCUUCUGGGAGCUUCUGUGCUCCGGGACAUAACGGACGCGCGCUGCCGCUUGGGUCUAUGGACCUGCCCGUGGGUCGGCUGCAUGCAGUGUCUCUGAAAUUGCGUUUCGGGGGUCUGCGGCCGGUGGCGCUGCCGGGACCCCUGCGCAGGAAGCGAGGGGGGCGCCCGCGCGAUCCGGUUUGCGCCGGCCGUGGGCUGCGGACUGAGCGCGGGCUCUCAGGAGGCUCGGAGUAGCCGAGUAACAGCCGUGCGGAGUGCUCUCGGCCAGAGGACCUUACUGACUGGUUUCUCAUGAGAAUAGUAUCAGCUGUGCUUUUUAACUCAUUUAUCCGGUUUGACUGUUAAUAGCCUACAGGUCCUACCUCCCCCUACACUAAGACAGAUCUGUGGUGUGAGUUUGAAGCCUGAGAACAGGUGUCUGCCACGGAAGGAGAUCUUCUGACCUGAGACCCACACCAGAAGCUCGGGGGUCCGGGGCAGGGGUGCACUCUGCACCUGCAGACCAUCUUGACCAGUCCUCCCCAGAGCCGGCAAGAUCCAAAUGACAUCUCCACCUUGAAAUACCAGCGACAGCUGUGCAACAUGGAGCGGUUGACCCAGACUGUGCAGAGAAGAGCUUGGUGUUCCCAGGACUCUGCAUUUUGCCAGGAAGAAGAGGACAUGACCAGAUCUUUUAAAACAGUGACCUUCAGGGAUGUGGCUGUGGACCUCACCCAGGAAGAAUGGCAGCAAAUGAAGCCUGCCCAGAGGAGUUUGUAUCGAGAUGUGAUGCUAGAGACCUACAGCAACCUUGUAACAGUAGGUUGUCAAGUCAACAAGCCAGAUGUGAUCUUGAAGUUGGAGCAAGAAGAGGAGCCAUGGGUGCUGGAGGAAGAAAUGUUUUGGAGACACUCUCCAGUUUGGGAAGUUGAUGAACAGAUGGAGAAACAACAGGAAACACUUGUGAGGAAAGUCACAUCCAUCUCCAAGAAAGCUCUGAUUAAGGAAAAUGUCAUUGACUGUAAAAAGGUUGCAAAAAUCUUUCCUCUGAGCUCAGAUGUUGUUACUUCAAGACAAAGCCUCUAUGAUUGUGACUUACUUAAUAAGUGUUUGGAACAAAAUUUAGAUAUACUUAGUUGUAAGAAAGGCUGUGUAAGAGACAAAAACUUUGAAUGUAAUGAGUAUGAGAUGCCAUUUUACCAUUGCUCACCCUAUGCCAUAGCCCCCUUUAAAUGUAAUCAGUGUGGACAAGACUUCAUUCAUAAAUUUGACCUCCUCAGACAUGGGAGAAAUCAUGCUGGAGUAAAACGUUAUGGAUGUAAAGAGUGUGGAAAAUCUUUUAGCAGGAAGGAAAAUCUCAUCACACAUCAGAAAAUCCAUACUGGGGAAAAACCAUAUAUGUGUAAUGAAUGUGGAAAAGCUUUCAUUCAAAUGUCUAAUCUCAUUAGACACCAAAGAAUUCAUACUGGGGAGAAACCUUAUGCUUGUAAGGAUUGUUGGAAAGCUUUCAGUCAGAAAUCAAAUCUCAUUGAACAUGAGAGGAUCCACACUGGAGAAAAACCCUAUGAAUGUAAGGAAUGUGGGAAAUCCUUCAGCCAGAAGCAAAAUCUUAUUGAGCAUGAGAAAAUUCACACCGGGGAGAAACCUUAUGCAUGUAAUGAAUGUGGUAGAGCUUUCUCUCGAAUGUCAUCUGUUACGCUGCAUAUGAGAAGUCACACAGGAGAAAAGCCCUAUAAAUGUAAUAAAUGUGGAAAAGCUUUCUCUCAGUGCUCAGUGUUUAUUAUACAUAUGAGAAGCCAUACAGGUGAGAAGCCUUAUGUAUGCAGCGAAUGUGGAAAAGCCUUCUCACAAAGUUCUUCCCUUACUGUACAUAUGCGAAAUCAUACUGCUGAGAAACCCUAUGAGUGUAAUGAGUGUGGGAAAGCCUUCAGCCGGAAAGAAAAUCUUGUUACACAUCAGAAAAUUCAUACUGGAGAGAAACCUUAUAAAUGUAAUGAGUGUGGAAAAGCUUUUAUUCAGAUGUCAAACCUCAUUAGACAUCAGCGAAUUCAUACUGGUGAAAAACCCUAUGCAUGUCCUGUAUGUGGGAAAGCCUUUAGCCAGAAAUCAAAUCUUACUGAGCAUGAGAAAAUUCAUACUGGAGAGAAACCUUAUCAUUGUAAUCAGUGUGGAAAAGCCUUUAGUCAGAGGCAAAAUCUCCUUGAACAUGAAAAAAUCCAUACUGGAGAGAAACCAUUUAAAUGUAAUGAGUGCAGUAAAGCCUUUUCUCGAAUCUCAUCCCUUACUCUUCAUGUGAGAAGACACACAGGGGAGAAACCUUAUGAAUGUAAUAAAUGUGGAAAAGCCUUCUCUCAGUGCUCAUUACUUAUUAUACAUAUGAGAAGUCAUACUGGUGAGAAACCCUUUGAAUGUAAUGAAUGUGGGAAGGCAUUUUCUCAGAGAGCAUCCCUUUCUAUACAUAAAAGAGGUCAUACAGGCUAGAAACACCCAGUGUACUGAGGUAAUGCCUCUUAUAUAUUUGAAAUAUCUGAUGUAAGUGCAAUAACAAAAUCUUUUUGGAAAAAUAAUAGAACUUUGUUGGAGCUUAUGAGCAGAUGCAGAGAAAUGUGUAUAUAGGUAAAUACAGCAUCAUAAAAUUUUCAAUUCUGAAAAUCUGUAGAUAAUACAGUUCCCAAUAAUCUCAUAACAUUUUUCUAUAAUAUUUAUAAAGUGAUUCUUUAAUUCACAUAAAAUAGAAGUGAAAACCAGGCAUGGUGAUGCUUGUCUAUAAUCCCAGCAUUUGGAUGACAGGAAGAUUGCCACAAGAUUGAGGCCAGCCUGUUCUACAUAGUAAGACUGUCUCAAUAAAUAAAAGUCCAUGGAUUGAUGAGAUGAUUUUGGAAAAAGAAUAGUCUGAACAUACUUACUGUAAUCCCUACACUCUGGAGAUCGAGGCAGAAGAAUGUAGAGUUUGAGUCAGCCUGGGCUAUGUAGUGAGACCCUAACUCAAAACAAAACAAAAAAUAUAACCCAAUUAAUACUUAGAUUAGCAUAAUAUAUGGUAAAUUUAUAGCCACUUAAAGUGUAUAGCAUAGGAGCAUAAUUAGGUGGGUAAACAGGUUAUAGAGUGCCCAGAUACAGAGCUGUGGAAAUAUGUGAACUUGGUGCUUGUCAGACAUGAAAUCAUGAGUUGGCAGAGAAAGAACAAUCUAGUCAUUUGUUUCUGGAGUAUUUGACUAUUGGAGAAAGUUCAGGUGUAAACAGUACUACAACAUAAUAAACAUUCCAAAGGAUUUGAAUACUGAAUUGUGAAAAAACUCAGACCUUGAAACCAUUAAAUGUUGAUGAAUAUGAUGGUGCAUGCAUACAGUCCUAGUGCUUGGGAGGUAGAGGCAGGAGGGUAAGGAGUUCAAGGUCAGCUUUGACUAGAUAGCAAGCUAAAGUAAGCCUGGACUACGUAAGACUAUCUUUAAAAAGUUACAGACUGUAACUUGAAGUCAAAGAAUCAAUUCUGAAAAUGUAAAAUGAUCGUACAGUUCUAGUUCAGAUCAGUUUCAUUUCUGUUAGAGGCUCUAGAAAUUCGUACAUAAAGAAGAGGAAACACAUGCAUAUGAAUUGAAAACCUGGGUGCCCAGCAGUGGGCUGAUGGAUGAAUAAGAUACAACCUACCCCAAGGAUGGAAUAGUGUGUAGCACUUAAAAACAAGUAGCUCCAUAUUGUGUAACAGAAAUAGUUACCGAGAACAGUGUUGAGUGGAAAAUAAGAUGCAAUGAAACAUACUGUUUAUUAUCCAUAUAAGUUGCAAUGAAAUCCUUUACAAACAAUAGAACUGGUUUUAUUGAGAUUGCUAUUGAAUAGAAACUGGUUUUAUUGAAAAACUUGUAUAUGUAUGUAUGUAAAGUUAUUUAAAGUUGAUUAGAAAGAUACAUGCUAAAUUCUUUUUAGUUUUGUCUAUCACAAGACUUUGGGACUGAGGGUGAGAGGAUGUUGAUGGGAAGGCCUUUUUUGUCUUUAAAAGACUAGUAGAAUAUAAAAUAAAUCUUAAAAGUUAGUGAUACAUGGUAGUAAUAUGACUUGUCUUUUUUUCUAAUACCAAAAUAGAACAAUUCAUGCAAGACACCUGAGUAGAUUCUCUUUAAACAAAUAAGCUAUGACGCACAAGGUGAUCCUUUUUUUCUCCAAGAUGAUGGUGGUGUUUUCUUAGUUAUUUCUCACUACUAACUGGCUAAGGGAAACCUGUGUCCAUUUUAAAAAAAAAAAAAAACAUGUUAUGAAGAAUUCAUGUGCUCUUUCAGAUGCUGAACCAUUUUAUCAGAAAUGUUUCCAUAUGCCUCCCAGCAUCCCAGGAGCUGAUGCAAAAGGGUUAAGAUUUUGAAAUCGCCUCUGCCUCCAUAGUAAAACAAACUUGGUCUGAGGACAGCUCAGUUGCUGCAGCCCAUCUCUUGCAAACAUGAAGACCUGAGUUUGGUCCCCAAAACCUGUGCUUAAAAAAAUAAUAAGUAAGGCUUAGUGGUUCGCACUUGUAACCCCGGUAUUGGGGAGAGACAGGUUCCUGUGCCCUGCUACCCAACUAGCCUAGCCUAUUUGGUAAGUUCUAGGCCAGUUAGAAAUCCUCCCUCUGCAUCCCCAAGUGAAUGGCUCCUGAGGAACAACACCCAAGGUGUCCUCUGACCUCCAUGCACACAUGCACACACUGAAUAAUACAUAUAUACAUACCCACACAGUACUUAGAAUGGUACUAGGUACUAAAAAUUUGAAGUUAGUGUGUUUUAUUCUGUGAUAUUUUGUUUCACAUUUAGUAUUUUUGAUAUUUGGAUUCAUCUUUCAACCAAUGAUUUAUUAAAUUCAAGUAAAUUUUUGUUGUAAAAUUGAAAAUAUGAACUCAACAUUAAUAGAUGUACUGUGGUUAUUUUCUUUGAUAAAGUGCUGAGGAUUGAUGUUAUAAAUUGAUUUCUUAUUUAGACAGCUACUCUGCCACUGAGCCGUAUGUAGCCAAUCCCCUUAUUUAAAUUCAUCAUUGAAACAAUAAUGUCUUAGGUUCAAGUAAAUCUUUGUCAUAAAUUAUUAUUUACUUAUUCAUUUGAGGCCAAGUCUCAUGUAUCCUGGUCUGUCUUCAACUUGCUAUGUAGCUGAGGAUCAGUUUGAACUUCUGAUCCUCCUUCCUCUCCACCUCCCAAAUGCUGAGAAUAUGUGCCACCCUGCCUAGCUUAUGAAUUGCUAAUUCUUAAAGCCAGGGCUUUAACUGAGCCAUAUUCUCAGCCCAAAUUAUCCUAAGUUUGAAAAUCUGAAGUUGGUGUAAUAUAAAAUGUGCUUUUUGUUUCUUUAUGAUUUUUUUUUUUGGUAUGUAUGUAUGUGUAUAGUGCUAGGAUGCGAACUCAGGGCUUUGCGCAUGUUUGGCAGGCACUCUUCUACUUUUCACUAUGUCCUCACCUUUGGUUGUCUGAGACAGGUUUCCAUAUGUAGCUCAGACUGGCAUUGAACUCAUUCAUGAUCUUCUUCCUCAGCUUCCAGAAGAAGUGAGUUCAUAGGCACUGCUGCUGUGCCCAGCUGAAAAUAUGUUUUAUUUACUAUCUUAGGGUAUCAUCUACUACAUAUUUCCCCUACUCUUGUGUCUACCAUUGUUCCACAAAGGAUUUGUUGUUAGGCUCUUAACUAACUAAUUAAUACGUUUAGCAUCAUGCAGAAUUAGUAAGAUGUUCUAGGGAAUUUGCAUUGUGAUAUUAUUACCCUGUGGUUUUGCAUGUGGUUAACAUAGGCAUUAAUCCUAUUGUUAAUGAAUGCAUUUUGAAAUGAGAAGCCUUUUUUCUCUUAGGUGGCUAUGCACAAUUUUAUUGUUCAGUCUUAACUUUCAGCCCAUUUUUAAUCCUUUCAAAAUCAUUGACUUCGUGGCUUAUCUAGUUUUGGUUGGAAGCAGUGAGGAUCCCAAAUUCUGAGCAAUAUCCUCUAAAAGGUCCUUAGUCUCUUAAUGCAUGAGACAACCUUUAAGAUAAUUUUAAAAAAUUUUAUCAUCUUUACAGUAUUAUUUGAUGAGCAAAAGGCCACUAAUGCAUUUUUUAAAAAUAAGAAUUAAGGGUGUUGGUCAAAGGGGUCUUUAGAUUUUAUAUUUGAACAUUAAUUUGUUUGAAGUUAACUUCACAUAAGUAAAAAAUCUCUUUCAGUUAAAAAUUAUUAAAUACAACCAUGACUGUUUCAGUUUGGACUGUUGUAUGGUAUUUUGGAUGAUGGACAGUAAGUAGCUUGUCAUAAAUAACAGGAAUUAAUUUUAAUGGAAACUGUUUUACUGAAGUAUUAAUAAAGAAUCAUUGUUAUUUUAUGUAUUUUGUUCUUUGGUAGGCUUCAUGCUAAGUCUAGUUUCGUAAGCAUACUUAAUAUUUAUAGGUGUAAAAAUAAUUUUCAAAUUCAUACAUUGUCCACAUAAGAACCCCAUGUAAAUAUUCUGUUGUAGUGCAUUGGUUUUUUGGGGGGAUUUGGUUUUUGGUUUUCUGCUAGACUAUCUUUUUUCUCCAUUUUUUUUCCUUGUGUUUUUCUUUUUUACUUUGGGCCUGUGUUUCAUAUGCCAUAUACAAUUGUGUAAGGUGUAUGGAAUACAAGUCUCUGCUGCCUCUUCUGAAACAUGGAUUUGAAGAAAACAGAGAAUUAACUUUUCACUGCAGAUUGGAAGGGCCUCCUUAGGGUCCUCUUUGGGCCUCACCUCCCCCGCAAUAAGACUAGCUAAACUCUCUGGAUGAGGUGAAGUGCCUGGUUAUAAACUGAACCUGGAGUCUAAGAGUUUCACUGAUUGUGAUUGUUUACUAGGGAGCAAAUGAUCUGUCCUCUCUAAAUUUACACCCCCUUCCUCUGUCUUUAGUGUUAGGACCAGAGAUAUACCAGUAGAAGUGAAUUCAAUAGAAUUUGCUCAUGUGAAAGAUGAGAAAAACAUAAACAUUAAGCUUGUGCUUUCAUGGUGAGCAUGUGUAGGCGUGCAUAAAUGUCAGCUCUUUUGAAAUACAGUGGGGAGUGUUGCCUAUAACAAAGCUCUACUAGGCAGAAGGUGUUACAGACCUUAUCUACUGGAGGAAAAGGCAUGUGGCCACUAAACACCCUAUGUCUUGCCAAAGACGGUACCAGAGAUAAAUGUGCUCCUAUAGGCCACAUGCUAGGACUCAGGGCAGUGCAAUGUGAGACUGAAUAGAAUUAGAGAGUGCUUCCUCUCCUGGAGCACCACAGCAGUAGAGCUGCUAUAUAAAACAGAAUUAUGAAGCUGGGCAGUGGUGGCUUAUGCCUUUAAUCCCAGCCCUUGAGAGGCAGAGGCAAGUAGAUCUCUGAGUUUGAGGCCAGCCUGGUCUAUAGAGUUCCAAGACAGCCAGAACUACACAGAGAAACCCUGUCUGGGGGGUGGAAAAAAUCAGAAUUAUGAGAUAAACUAAGAUAGACAUCUUAGUGGAUGAGAGGACCCACAAGAGCUAGAAGAAAUUCAAACCAACCACACAAAAAAAUGUUCAAACAGUCUAGCAUAUUUACCUCAGUUUACAUUACAUCCUUUCAGUUAAACAUUGGAGGGCAUAUUAAAAAGGCAAGGAAAAAAUAGCCUGAAUGCACGAAGACAGGCAUAAAACCAGGCUCAAAUUUGACGCAGAUUCAUAAGUAAUAAGUUUAAGAUAAGUAUGAUUGAAAUGUUAAGGAGUGUUGUGGAAAGUAGUCAAAUAUGCAAACAGAUAAGUAAUAUAUGCAAAGAAAUGGAAACAUUUCCCAAAGGCUCAAGAGGAAGUGCUAGGGAAGAUAUCUUUGAUGGGCUCAUCAGUGUACUGCACAGUACUGAGCCAAGGAAAGAUGCAGUAAGCUGAAAAUAUGUCAGCUGAAAUUUCUCAGACCGAAAUGCCAACUCAGAAUGGCUGUGAACUGAGGAUCAAUUAAAAAGAUGUAACAUAAUUGCCACUGGAAUGUCCGAAGAAGGAGAAGAAAAAGAAACAAGUAUGUUGAGGGCUGAUGGCUGAGACUUCAAAAUUGAUGAUCGCAAAUCACAGACCCAGUAGGUUCAAAAGAGCACAUUAAAUAUGGAAACUGUAUCUGUGUAUAUCAUUCUAAAAUUGUAAAAAAGAAAAAGACAAAACCUUGAAAGAAGCCAGUGGGGAGGGCUUUUCAAAGACCUUCCUAUUGUAACGUAGUCAUAGUUUCAUUCUGUGUUGUUAAUAUUCCAUAGAAGAAGGGUUAGGAAUCAUGGUGGAUUUCUUUUCAGAAGUCAUGUGAAGUGUUUAAUGUGUUUUUAAAGUUUGAAUUCUAUAGUGAAGUGAUUAAGAUGAGAGGAAAUUUUAACUUUCUCAGAGCUAGACACUGAAGGAAACCUCUGUCCUGGUUUCCUGUGGAAGAGGCCGGCCUCUGAGGCUGUACAAAGGAACCCACACCUUACAGAAGUAACUGAAGUUUGAAAUCCGUCAGUCUUUGAGAAGUGAGGGAAGAGUCAGCACACUUGGUACUCAAAAUGUGUAUUUCCCUGAAUUGGAAAAACAUAUAAAGAAUAGGAACACCACCUUCGCAAGCCUUUCCCAAAAACUUAAAGGGGAAGAAACACUUUCUAACUCUUGUGAAAUCAGCAUUACCCUGAUAGAAAAGCCAGACAAACACUUAAGAAAAUAUAGACAUACAUCCCUUUUAAAUACUCAUGAGGGCUGGGGAGGUGGUUCCAUGGUUAAGAGCACUAUCUGUUCUUGAGAGGAACUGGGUUAAGUUCCUGGCAUUCCCAUGGCAGCUCACAACUGUCUGUAACUUCAGUCCCAGAGGAUCUAACAUCCUCUUCUGGCCCAUGUGGACACUGUACACAUGUGUGCACAAAUACACAUUCAGGCAAAACACCCAUACAUGAUAAAUUAAUUUUUUUAACUUAAAAUACUGAUGAAAAAAGCCUUGGUAAGACACUAGAAAACAAUUUAAAUGUAUGUUUAAAAGAAUUACACACCAUAAUAAAAUGAUAUUUCUGGAAUAUAAGGAUGCCUUUACAUAUAAAAACCAAUAAAUGAAGCCACGCCACAUUAAUAUACUAAAGACACAAUCAUUUCAGUUGAUUUAAUAAGGCACUUGACAGAAUUCAAGCCCAUUUCUUUUUAAUAUUGAAUAUCUGGGUGUUGUGCAUAUUCACAAUCCUAGAACUUGGGAAGUGGAGGUAGGAGAGUCAGGAGUGCAAGGCUAGUCUGUGCUACAUGAGAUUGAGUCCCAGAAACAAAAGCACCCUCUGAAUAAAAUAAUCAAGGAAAGUAAUCAGCAGCUCUUCUCUACUGAAGGAAAGGAUACUUAGCCACUGUUGUCUCCCUCUAGCUGACUUAGAAAGAUUUAACAACAUACAGAAGCAUCAUUAAAAAUCUUAGUGGUGAAAGAUGAGAUCCUCUUGACACAGCCCCUCAGCAGAUGAAGAAAGUUCAGUCUGUGCUUAACAAUGGGAUAUUGUUUAACAGUAAGUGAAAUCCUGGAACAUGCUAUAACGUGGAGGGUCUUUGAAAACAUUAUACUGAGUAAAGUGAGCCAAACACAAAAAGCUAAGUUUAUAUAACUUCCACUUAUUGAAGUACCUAGACUAUGAGAAUUUAGAAGUUAGCAUAGAGGUUACCAGGGACUGGGAUGAUGGGGUGAUGUUUAAAGGAUAAAACAAAUGAUGAGAAUUGUCUGGAUAUAGCGGUCAUCGCUGUAUAAUGCUUCUGAAUAGCAAUACAUGAAAAAUGAAUAAAACGAUAAAUCUUCACACUCAAGUUAAAAAUUCCUCUCAUAAUUCCAGUAUCUAUAUUGUCUUAAGAGUCAUUUUCUUGCUGAAUGGUUUUGGCACAUGCUUUUAAUCCCAGCACUCAGGAGGCAGAGGUAGGCAGAUCUCUGAGUUCGAGGCCAGCCUGGUUUACAGAGGGAGUUCCAGGACAGCCAGGGCUACACAGAGAAACCCUAUCUUUAAAAAAGUCGUUUUCUUCAAUGGGUUUGCUUUUCCUAUAUCCUUGAGAGAUAUAUAUAUAUCUAUAUAGAUAUCUAUAUCUAUAUAGAUAUAUAUACUUUGAUUGUGUCGUGGAUAUGAUGACUACAUUGUCAAAGCUAGACUUUUUCAU